GUCCAUUAAACCCAGACUGUUAGCCCUGAACAGCCCUGUUGUAAAUGUAGGACGGUCUGUGACCCUCUCAUGUACCUCAAAUCAGAGAUACAAUGGGUUCAGUUUAAUUAAGAACAAGCAGAAGUUUUCCAGCUCCAUGGGCUCACAGAAUGUAUAUACUGGGCUGUCUUCUGCCAGGUUCCAAGUACAUCUCAUGACCUCCAGCCAAAGAUGGAGUUUCAGAUGCUAUGGCUAUCACACAAGCAACCCUCAAGUGUGGUCAGAAGGGAGUGACAUCCUCGAGCUUCUAGUCUCAGGGACCCUCCAGAAACCUAGCAUCUGGGCUGAGCCAGGCUCUGUGAUCACAUCAGGGAAUCCUGUGACAAUCUGGUGUGAGGGAACAAUGGAAACGCAAAUAUAUUUCCUGUAUAAAGAAGGAAGCCCAGCACCCUGGGAUAGAUUGACUGCACCAGUGCCUGAUCACAGGGCCAAGUUUUUCAUCCCAUCCAUGACAGAGCAUAAUGCAGGACGAUAUCGCUGUUACUGUUUUAACUCUGCUGGGUGGACACAGCAGAGUGACUCCCUGGAGCUGGUGGUGACAGGUGUCUACACCAAACCCACCCUGUCUGCACUGCCAAACCCUGUUGUAACCUUAGGAGGAUCUGUGACCCUCUCAUGUAUCUCAAAUCAGGGAUACGGGAGGUUCAUUUUAAUUAAGGAUGAGCAGUUCUACCGCUCCAUGGACUCACAAUAUGUAUAUACUGAUGAGUCUUCAGCUAGAUUCCAAGUAAGCCCCAUCACACUCAGUGAAAAAUGGAAUUUCAGAUGCUAUGGCUAUCACACAAGCAAGCCUCAAGUGUGGUCAGAAGGGAGUGACAUGCUGGAGCUUCUAGUCUCAGGAACUGAUGAGAACAUCACUAUAUCACAAAACAUGUCCAAACCAAAGACAGCCACAGACUCAGAGACACAGGAUCAUCACACAGUGGAGAAUCUGCUCAGAAUGGGGAUGGCAGCCUUGGUCCUUGUGGUCCUUGGAAUACUGGUGUUUGAUGCUUGUCACAGCUCUAGACAUGAUCAACACAGAAAUGGACUAUGAAUGGGAAGUACAGCAACACAUCUUUUACAGUGUCAUGGACUAGACACUAAGUAUGGGGAUUGAGGGUGGAAUUGUAAGAAAAUACAGUUGUUCAUGUUGGAGAACUGACUAGGGGUCAAUGUGAAUUGAGUGCAAGGGAAAUAAAUGUCUGUUUAUUGGGAUGGAGAGUACUUUCUCCACCAGUCAAAAUUAUUCCCUUACAUCUUGCUGUGGAAUUUGCUGACCAGUGCCUCCUUUCUUCUCACCUAAUGACAUGGGAGAAAUUUCUGUACCAUCAACUAGGGUUGACUCCUAAUCUAUAUACUUAUUCUUCUUUGUCUUUCAUGUAACUUUCUAUCAUUUUAGAUUACUAUGUUCCCAUCAACAUUCCAAAUUUCUUUUCUACUGAGGUUCUUUUCUACAAGGUUCUUUUCUACUGAGAGCAAAGUACUAAACUGAGUUAUAAUAAACAU